UCUAGGUAACAGAGUGUCGGAGGUGGUGAAGAAGAGAUUGGUAGAUAUGCUCUUCAGCUGGACACUCUCUUUACCCGAUGAGGCUAAGAUCAGUGAAGCUUAUCAAAUGCUGAAGAAACAAGGUAUUGUCACAGUUGACCCGGAGGUUCCUCUGGAUAAGACACUGAUGCCGUCGCCCCCCUCCCGGCCCAAGAACSCUGUGUUUGAGAACGAGGAGAAGAGCAAGCGACUGGCUGAGCUUCUGAAGAGCAAAAAGCCUGAGGAUCUACAGGAGGCCAACCGCCUCAUCAAAAACAUGGUCAAAGAGGAUGAGGUGAGGCUGCAGAGAGCGMUGAAGCGCAGCGGCACCCUGGAGGAGGUCAACAACAGUGUUAAACUGCUCAACGAGAUGCUCAGCCACUUCAGCAGGGACCAAUCAACYGACGGAGACAAGGAGCUUAUCAAAGAGCUUUACGGUGACUGUGACAAGUUGAGGGGGACUGUGUUCAAGCUGGCCACAGAGACAGAGGACAAUGACGGCAGCUUAGGUGACAUAUUGCAGGCCAGUGAUGACCUGUCCCGUGUCAUCAACUCCUAUAAGAGGAUUGUGGAAGGACAGACUGUCAAUGGAGAGAUGGAGCCACUUGGACUGUCAACUACUACACAAUACUUGGCUCUCGGACUUUGUUGA